GUUCCGGCCCGUUUAUUGCCGGAUUGGUUGUUACUGGGCCCACCCACAGACAUCAUCUCAAUUCUAAUUUCCUCUUUCUUUCAACUUUCUUUUAUUUAAAAAAAAAACUUUCUCAACUUUUUUGACCAAAAAAUAGAACAGAAUUCUCAACUUAUAUACUACCCUUUCUCUUUAUUUCUUCAUCUUCAAAUUCCACCUUCACUAUUAUUUUCCCCAAUCUCUCAUUUUCUCAAUUUCAUUUUCUCUCUCACUCAAACGUUUUCUUCAAGCAAAAUCCAAAGCAAUUCAAUUUUUCUCAGUCAAUUGGAAGCAAACAUGGAAGAAGAUACAAAAGCCAUUUCAGAAGUUUCAGUGACAAAGGUUGUUGAAGAGGCGGAUCAUAAAGAUGUUAACAUUAAGGAAACAAAUGGAGACUUGCUGCCUAAGGAAAUAGCUGAAGGAAAGAAAGACGAGGAAGAUAAUGCCUCUGAUGGAGAAUUCAUUAAAGUCGAGAGGGAAGAGAAUGUGUUGGAUGAUACGUCCCACAAAACAGAAAGAAGCUCAGAACCUCCGAGCAGAGAGUUUCUUGAAGCACAAGAGAAGGUUCGGGAACUUGAGGUUGAACUGAAAACACAAGCAGAAUCUUUAAAGACCUCUGAACAUGAAAAUUCUCAGCUGAAGGGAGAGAUCUCAAACACAAAAGAUAAACUUGAAGAAAGUGGAAAGAAAAACGAAGAGCUUGAACUAAGUCACGAGAAAUUGCAGGAGCAGAUUAUUGAAGCUGAGAAUAAAUACAAUCUGCAGCUCAGCACUCUUGAAGAGGCACUGAAAAGUCAAGAAGUUAAGCAGGCAGAGCUUCUUAAAUUGAAGGAAGAAUUGAAGGGAGUUAAUGAUAAGAUUGCUGAAAAUGAAAAGGUAGAAGAAGCACUUAAAACAACUGCUGCAGAACUCUCUACCAUCCAAGAGGAGUUGACACUCUCCAAAACACAGCUGUUGGAAGUUGAGCAAAGACUGUCUUCAAGAGACUCGCUAGUAGACGAGUUGACUGGGGAAUUAAACCUGAAAAAGACUUCAGAAACUCAGCUAAAAGAAGAGAUGUCAGCACUUCAAAAUCUAUUUGCAACUACAAAAGAAGAGCUACAGGAAAAAGUUUCUGAGUUGGAAAGUGCGAGGCUGAAACUGAAGGAGGAGGAAAAGUUGAAAGAAUCAGUAGAAGUUGCAUUGAAGAGUCAAGAAGCACAGUUUGUUGCUGUACAAGAGGAGCUGACUAAGCUUAAAGCAGAGAAAGAAAUACUUGAGGGAACUGUUGAAGAUCUAACCGUUAAUGCGAAACACUUCAAGGAGUUGAGCACUGAUUUAGAGAAGAAACUAAAGCUUUCGGACGAAAAUUUUAAUAAAACAGAUUCUCUUUUAUCUCAGGCGCUUUCGAACAAUUCAGAGCUUGAGCAGAAGGUGAAGUCUUUGGAAGAUCUUCAUCAUGAAUCUGGAGCUGUUGCAGCUACUGCUAGUCAAAGGAGUCUUGAGCUUGAGGGACAUAUUGAAGCUACAAAUGCAGCUGCAGAAGAAGCAAAAUUGCAGCUAAGAGAGCUGGAGACACGGUUCAUAGCGGCAGAGCAGAAGAAUGUGGAGCUUGAGCAACAAUUAAAUUUAGCACAAUUGAAAGCCAAUGAUGCUGAGAGAGAUGUGACUGAAUUCUCUGAGAAAAUUGCACAUCUCGACGCGAAAUUGAAAGAUGCUGCUGAAGAGAAGAAUCUUAUUAAUAGCUUACUGCAAGAGCACAUGGAUAAGAUAAGUCAACUUGAAUCAGACUUAAUUCAAUCAUCCAACCUGAAUUCAGAAUUGGAGGAGAAGCUGAAGACAGUCAACGAAAAAUGUUCUGAGCAUGAAGAUCGAGCCACCAUGUACACUGAGCGCAGCCGAGAACUGGAAGAUUUGAUUCAGAGCUCUCAUUCCAAAUCGGAAAGUGCUGAAAAGAAAGUGAGUGACUUGGAGUUGCUACUUGAAACAGAGAAAUACAGAAUUCAGGAGCUUGAACAACAAAUAAGCACAUUAGAAAAGAGAUGUAGUGAUUCAGAAGAAAAUUCCAAUAAACAUCUCGACAAUGUGUCUUAUCUGACAUCAGAACUCGAAGUGUUUCGAGAGCGAACCUCAAGCCUUGAAAGUACAUUGCAAGCGGCGAAUAAAAAGGAAAUAGAGGUAAAAGAUUCUUUAAAUGCUUUGACAGAUGAAAAGAAAAAGUUAGAAGAUGGUCUAAACAGCUUGAGUGAGAAGCUUGCUGAGGCAGAAAACCUAUUGGAAAUUGUGAGGGAUGAUUUAAAUCUUACACAAGCUAAGCUGCAAAGCACUGAAAAUGAUCUCAAGGCUGCAGAACUGAGAGAGAGUGAGAUAAUUGAAAAACUUAAAGCUAGUGAAGAAAAUCAUGCUGUGAGAGGAAGAGACUUGGAGCAUACUGCUGCAAGAAACUUAGAACUUGAAUCUUUACAUGAAUCUCUGACGAGAGAUUCCGAACAGAAGCUCAAAGAAGCUAUAGAGAAAUUCAACAGUAAAGAUUCUGAGGUUCAGUCUCUUCUUGAGAAAAUCAAAAUUUUGGAGGAAACUAUUGCAGGAGCCGGGGAACAGUCUAUAUCUUUGAAGAAUGAAUUUGAAGAGACUUUGAGCAAAGUCACUGCUUUGCAAACCGAAAAUGAAGAUUUGAAAAGGCAAAUUAUUGAAGCUGAGAACAAGACUUCACAGUCAUUUUCUGAGAAUGAAUUACUGGUUGGAACAAACAUUCAACUGAAAACCAAGAUUGAUGAACUUCAGGAGUCAUUGAACAGUGCUCUAUUGGAGAAGGAUGUCACUGCUCAAGAACUUGUUUCUCAUAAGAACUUACUAGCUGAAUUGAAUGAUGUACAAUCAAAAUCCGCGGAAAUUCAAUCUUCCAAUGAAGCUCGCAUCCUUGAAGUCGAAUCACAAUUGCAAGAAGCAUUGCAGAAGCAUAAUGAGAAGGAAACAGAAACCAAAGAAUUGAAUGAGAAGCUGAGUACCUUAGAAGGACAGAUAAAUGAGGAGAAACUGAAACUUGUUCAGGAAAUAGCCGUCUAUGAAUCAAAAUUAAGUGAUUUACAGUCAAAGCUCUCUGCAGCAGUUGUCGAGAAGGAGGAAACAGUUAAAGAGAUACUCACAUCCAAAAAUGCUGCUGAAGAUUUAGUGACAAUGCAUAGUGAAGAACUGCAGACAUUGAAGUCUCAGAUAUCUUCGUUAAUUGAUGAGAAGAACUUGCUUGAUGGGACUAAUCAGAAUUUAAAGAAGCAACUUGAGUCUAUGAUACUUGACCUUGAAGAGAAGUUGAAGGAUCAUCAGAAAAAUGAAGACUCUUUGAAAUCUGAGGUCGAAACUCUCAAAACUGAGAUUACUGAGAAAUCUGCAUUGCAAAGCCGGCUGCAGGAAAUUGAAGCGCAACUCACGAAAGCUGAAUCUAGACUACAUGAAGAGGUUGGAAGUGUUCAGGCUGCUGCUUCUCAAAGAGAAAUUGAUUUGAGUUCAAAAUUUGAAGAUUAUGAACAAAAGGUCAAUGAAAUAAAUGUGCUGAAUGGAAAAGUGGUAGAACUUGAGAAAGAGUUGCAACUUGCGCAGGCGACUGUAGCUAACCAGAAAGGAGCAGAAUCUCAGAAGGUGGAACUAGAGGCAGCCUUGAAGAAUUCUCUGGAGGAACUUGAAACUAAGAAAAAGGAAAUCUCUCUUCUGCAGAAACAAGUAAUAGAUUUUGAGCAGAAAUUGCAACAGGGUGGUGAGAAAAUUUCAGUCAAGGGUGAGGAGAAUGUUGAUAAGAAAGACGGGUUAGAAGUUAAAUCCAGAGACUUUAGCAUCUCAUCGCCAUCUAAAAGGAAGAGCAAGAAAAAGUCAGAAACAACAGCCGCUCAAGCAUCAUCAUCUUCAUCCGAGACUCCUAUUCAAACUGCCCCGGAUUCGCCUGUCAUAAAUUUCAAGUUCAUCCUUGGAGUAGCAAUUGUAUCCAUUAUCUUCGGCAUAAUUCUUGGGAAGCGUUAUUAGUAAUGCCAAUAUAUCUUUUCGAUUUUCUUUUUAUUCUUCAUGGUUUUCUAUAAGAUUGAAAGCUUUCUAAGCAUGGUUUCAAACUUCAGUCUUGAGUUGGUUAGGGAACUUAUUUUUGUGUCUAUCCCUUGCCUGUGUGCAGAAAAAAUGGGAGUUGAAUAAUGUUUUGUUUUUAGUUUGGAUUUUUUUUUUACAAUUUGGAUGCGGAUGGUUUUGUUUUGGAGUCCAUUUUUCUUCUCAAUUGAUAUCUGGAAUGAGUAUUUGGGGCAGCUAUAGAACAGUUUCCUAAACUGGUGAACUAUGGUGUAAAGUGUAAAGAAUAUUAUUAUUCCCUAUCUA